AUGGAUGUUAACAAAUUACCUGAUGACGUAGAUGGUCGUCGUCCGGACGUUUCUGAAUUAUUACAACAAAUAAUGUCAAUAAAUGAACAAUCAUUGGAUGAAGCACAAGCACGUAAGCAUGCUCUAAAUUCACAUCGCCUAAAGCCUACUCUGUACGGCGUUCUAUAUGAAAUUAAGGAAAAGACAGUGCUAAAUAUUCGAACACCUUCCGAGGAAGAUCCUCCCGAUCAACAAUUAACGCGAUUAGAUAAUAUGUUGAUUUCUGAAGGAAUAAUUGGGCCCGAUAAAGGUGCUUCUGCUGCUGCUGCUGCUGCUGCUACUGCUAGUGCUUCUGUUCAUGGCGAAAGCCAAAUUGAUCAUUCUGAUUAUCAUGCAAAAUUAAAUCAAAUUCGUCAAAUCUACCAUUCUGAAUUGGAAAAAUAUGAACAGGCUUGUAAUGAAUUUACCACACACGUAAAAAAUUUAUUAAGCGAACAAUCCAGAACGAGACCGAUUACCCCUAAAGAGAUGGACCGGAUGGUCAGUAUAAUCCAUCGUAAAUUUAGUGCAAUUCAAGUUCAACUGAAACAAAGUACAUGCGAAGCACUUAUGAUCUUAAGAUCACGCUACUUAGAUGCGAGAAGGAAAAGACGUAACUUUAGUAAACAAGCCACUGAAAUUCUAAACGAGUAUUUUUACUCACACUUAAGUAACCCUUAUCCCAGCGAAGAGAUCAAGGAAGAAUUAGCUAGAAAGUGUGAUAUUACCAUUUCUCAGAUUUCUAAUUGGUUUGGUAAUAAAAGAAUUCGGUAUAAAAAGAAUAUUGGAAAAGCUCAAGAGGAGGCAAGCAUGUACGCUAUUAAAGCAGCGCAAACAUCCAGAAAUCAACAUGAGAGCGGCUCAGGUUUAGAAAGUUGA